UAAGGCGUGGCUUCCGCUCGGGGCGCCUGAAGGAGACUUGGAGACAGCUGGGUCGUACCGUUUUUGUCGUUAGGAGUCGUCGUCCCCGCCAGUGCCCUCAGUCGAUGAGGAAGAUGCUCGCCGCCGUCUCUCGCGUGUUGUCGGGUGCCGCCCAGAAGCCGGCAAACAGAGUACUGGGGGCAUCCCGUAAUUUUGCAAACGAUGCUACAUUUGAAAUUAAGAAGUGUGACCUUCACCGACUGGAAGAGGGCCCUCCUGUCACAACGGUGCUCACCAGGGAGGAUGGGCUCAGAUACUACAGGAUGAUGCAGACUGUUCGCCGAAUGGAGUUAAAGGCAGAUCAGCUGUAUAAACAGAAAAUUAUUCGUGGUUUCUGUCACUUGUGUGAUGGUCAGGAAGCUUGUUGUGUGGGCAUGGAAGCUGGCAUAAAUCCCACAGACCAUCUGAUCACAGCCUAUCGGGCUCAUGGCUUUACCUUUACUCGUGGGCUUUCUGUACGAGAAAUUCUCGCAGAGCUUACAGGACGAAGAGGAGGUUGUGCUAAAGGAAAAGGAGGAUCAAUGCAUAUGUAUGCCAAGAAUUUCUACGGGGGCAAUGGCAUCGUGGGAGCUCAGGUGCCCCUAGGAGCUGGGAUUGCUCUGGCCUGUAAGUAUAAUGGAAAAGAUGAGGUCUGUUUGACUUUAUAUGGCGAUGGUGCUGCUAAUCAGGGUCAGAUAUUCGAGGCAUACAAUAUGGCAGCUUUGUGGAAAUUACCUUGUAUUUUUAUCUGUGAAAAUAACCGCUAUGGAAUGGGAACGUCUGUUGAGAGAGCAGCAGCCAGCACUGAUUACUACAAGAGAGGUGACUUCAUUCCUGGGCUGAGGGUAGAUGGAAUGGACGUCCUGUGUGUCCGGGAGGCAACAAAGUUUGCAGCUGCCCACUGUAGGUCUGGAAAGGGGCCCAUACUGAUGGAGCUGCAGACUUACCGUUACCAUGGACACAGCAUGAGUGAUCCUGGAGUCAGUUAUCGUACACGAGAAGAAAUUCAGGAAGUAAGAAGUAAGAGUGACCCUAUCAUGCUUCUCAAGGAUAGAAUGGUGAACAGCAAUCUUGCCAGUGUUGAAGAAUUAAAGGAAAUUGAUGUUGAAGUGAGGAAAGAAAUUGAGGAUGCCGCCCAAUUUGCUACAGCUGAUCCUGAACCACCUUUGGAAGAACUAGGCUAUCACAUCUACUCCAACGAGCCACCUUUUGAAGUUCGGGGUGCAAAUCAGUGGAUCAAGUUUAAGUCCAUCAGUUAAUGGGAGACUGCAUGUAAUGGAUGGUUACACCUUCAGUGGGCUGUCUGACAGCAACUGUAAGGAGCUCUUGUUCUCACCCAUAGAAUGUAUGUAGAUUAAGAUAGUAAUUGCAUGCAGUUUAUACAGUGUUGCAUUAAAGGCUAUGUUAGAUUUGUAUAGGUAAUACAGACUUUGCUUAACCUUCUUUCAAAUUAUUUCCUUAAAAUAGUUCUGUUUGAUUUGGUUGUAUACUAUUUUAACAAGCACUUUGUAGUUACUGAAAAGAAAAACAAUUCCUUGUAUGCCUGCCCCAUUCUGGCACCUUGUUGUGGGGAGGGGCUCACUUCCGUCUCUGGCCCAACCCCCAGCUAACAGCAUACAUUAAUGCGCACACAUGUCCCUGUGAGUGUACAUGUUGGUUCAGAAGCCUGCUCACACUCACUACCAUCCAUUUCUCCUAAAUAAGACACAACAUGUACUGUAACCAGGCAGUGGAUAGGACAGUUCCAUUUUUAAUAGGAUUACUUAACAGUCAUUUCAAAGGCCAAAUAACUUAGUUAUCUGCAUUUUUACAUUUAAUAUAAACACAGUUCAAAAAAGAAAUUGGCUUCAAGUAUAAUUAACCAGUUAAUAUUAACUUAUAACCUAAAACAGUGAUGCCCAGCCUUAUUUUAAACACUCAUUGUUUUAUCUUUGCAACAAGUGCUACAGGGUGUGCUGAUUUUUUUCAUUGAAGUAUUUUAAAAUUUAUUUUAAGAAUUCCAUAAUACUCUGGAUGUCGAAAUGCGGGCUCACAAUACAUACAGUUCUAGUCACCUUUAAAACAUGUUGAUAAGCAGAGGCAUAAAACAUGUUGAUAAUUGACUGGUUAAAACAUUUCAUUAACUCUUUAGAACUUAAAAGUUUUUUAAUUGUUUAUGUAUAUCUGAGAAGCUUGAACAACAAAGUUGUUGACUCCGUCCCCUGGCUUAAGUGACAGGUUAAGCCUUAUCUUGCGUGGCCAGGGCGCCCUUAGUCUGUUUUCUGUACUGGGAUACUGCAGUCCAGAGCCUGCAGAGGAGCCCGCCACUGUGAAACAAAAAAAGAGUCUUUUAGAGCCAAAAGAAAACUUCAAAGCAACACCACAGAAUACUUCUUUAUGGAAAAAUCUAUAGUAUAUAAUUCUAGGCUUGUCUACAUUUUCCCUCUUGUCUAAAAAACAUAGCUAAAAUAGGGUUAUGUUCUUUUCACAUAUGGAGGUGACACUUAAUGCCCCAGCAGGAGUGGGGCAUGGCCUUAGAGGUAUAUGCAGGCAUGCUAGUGGAUCUGUGCAGAGCAGUCCAUUUAAGAUGACAUAGGAACCAGAAUACAGGUUGCAAUUUAAAGAAGGGUUUGGGUGUAGCACAGAAGGGGGAGAGUACAUCUCUUUCGCAUUCUUGCUUUUCCUAUGGGGCCUUUAGCUUCUGCCACCUCUUGGCUUUACUCCCAACUUGAACCUGGGAAAACUGCAGUUUUGAGUUUUCUAACUAAGCCGUAGGAAAAGGAAUCAAUUUAAUGAAGGGGGGAAAGGCAGCAGCACUUUGUUUCCUACUACUUUAUUUAAAAGCAUAAUCACAUGGAAAUAGUCAUUUUCUAUUGUACAGAGUGUUCUGAGGCUGUUCUUACCAUAGUCCAAGGUAUCUGAGGUCUUCCUUAGUGACGUCAUUAAGAAUGUCAGAAAGUGUAUAACCCUCUUUAACAAUCUGAAAUAAAGAUCAAAUACAUAGGAGUUAAGCAGCUUUGUAAUAAUAGCAUAGGAAUGUGGUUUUUUGGUUAUAUAUUUACCUUUUCAAUAGUAUUCGCAUCUGCUCCUUGCAGUUGCAACCAGUCUACAAGCUCUUGAUGUGUUUUCUGCCCAUGAGAUGAUGCUGGGUUCUCUGUAAUAAUUACAAGUUUGUUGUACUGUAUAUUGAUGUGCAACAAUAAAACUUCAAAAGCGACAAGGUAGAUGAAAUAAAUCUUCCAGAAUGUAAAUGUGAUGUGAAAAGGAAAUAAAUCCAGCCUAUCUCA